AUGUCGAAAGGAACUUCCACCCCUGACGAGAAGGCGUCUUAUUCCCUCCAAGAAGAUGUCGUUCCCGCCGAAUCCACUAGAGGUUGGCUCAGUGCAUGGAGAAAAAGUGACGACUCAGAUUUCUAUCGCGAAGCUCUUGCAAAGUAUGGCGGGAAAGGCGAUAUCGAUCCAGUCCGAGAGAAGCGACUGAGGAAGAGGAUCGAUUGGAUUAUUCUACCCCAGCUUGGGAUAUGCUACCUCUUCUAUUACGUCGAUAAAACGACCCUCAGCUACGCGGCUAUCUUUGGUAUCAAAUCUGACCUGAACCUCUAUGGUACUCGCUACUCUUGGCUUAGCUCUGUUUUCUACUUUGGUUGGCUCGUCUGGGCAAUGCCAUCGAAUCUGUUGAUGCAACGCUCCCCUGCUGGCUCAUAUCUGGCCAUUAAUAUCUUUCUCUGGGGAGCAUUCCUGAUGGCCCAAGCUGGUGCGAAGAAUUACACCGACAUGGUCAUUCUACGAGUCAUUAGUGGUGCUGCCGAAUCGAUCGCGGAUCCAGCCUUCAUGCUGAUUACCACCUCGUGGUAUCUCCGGAGCGAACAACCCAAGGCCAUAGCGAUGUGGUAUGUGUGGAAUGGUGUCGGUGUGGCUGCUGGCGGACUUCUGGGAUACGCAAUUGGCCACAUUCGUGGAGCACUUGCCAGUUGGCGUUAUGAAUUCCUUAUCGUGGGGGCAAUCUGCUCGUUUUGGGCUUGCAUUCUCUUCGUUCUCCUUCCCAACUCGCCUGCUACCUCGCGGUGGUUCAGCCGUGAUGACCGUCUUUUCCUUGUUGCUCGCGUAGCGAAGAACCAGACUGGUAUCGACAAUCGCAAGAUCAAGAAAGACCACGUCAUCGACUUUUUGACCGAUAUCAAGAGCUACAUGUUCUUCCUUCUCGGCUUUGUGGCAAACAUUCCAAAUGGUGGAAUCUCCAAUUUCUCAACACUCAUCAUCAAAGGUCUCGGCUUUGACACCUUCCACACGGCCCUCCUGGGGAUCCCACAAGGCGCCCUCGUUGUCAUCUGGAUCUCUGCUGGCGCAUACCUCAACAGCAAGUUGCCCAAUAACUCACGCACGCUCGUAUGCAUGCUCUUCAUGCUUCCGACAAUCGCUGGCUGCCUCGGCUUCCUCCUCGCGCCACACACGGCAUAUGUUGGACGCCUAAUCUGCUUCUAUGCCACUGGCUCGUACCAGGCGUCGUUUGUAAUCGCACUCUCAUUGAUCACCUCGAAUACGGGUGGUCAGACCAAGAAGCAACUCACAUCUGCGAUCAUUUGGAUGGGAGCGUGCAUUGGAAACAUUGCCGGUCCAUUCUUCUUCAAGUCGGAGCAAGCGCCUGGUUACAAACUCGGUAUCGGCGCCAUGCUCGUCGCAAAUUGUCUAGAGCUCAUACUUUUUGUCCUCUUCCGCAUCAUGUUUGUACGCGCAAACAAGGCCAAGGACAGACUCGCUGCUGAGCGUCGGGAGGGACCCGUACCUGACUCGCAGGAGACGGCUUUUGCGGAUUUGACGGACCGUCAGAAUCCCAAUUUCCGAUACGUGUAUUAG